CCUCCGGCCCCGCUGCCUUUUUCCAGGACGGACUCCCAGUCCAAUUUAUGGGAUGCUGCUGUGCCACCUUGUGCCACCUUGGUCUUCUAGGUGAAUGGUGAUGUAAGCUUUUGGGAGUUGUACAUAAGUUUGUAUCACCAGUUUUCCUAAUGGAAGAGGCUCCCCGAGGGACAUUCCAAGAUGAACUGGAGUGGUGCAUCUCGCAGCUGGAGACUGGCCUCCUCAAUCUCCAUCCAACUCCAGAGCAAGUGGAAGACUCCCAGCGCAUCCUCAGGGUGCUGCGCUCACGCAAGGCUCCUUCUGUGAAAAAGCGGCAGAUGAUGCACCAGGUCUUCGGCGACUACCGGCUCAAGAUGGCCGAGGAGAGGAAGAGAACAGCCGAAGCAGCUGUGAAGUCCGAGAAGGUGCAGAUUCAGCCAGGAGAUGCUUUUGGUUCGGGCAGCGUGGUGUACAGGAAGCAAUCCGGCCAGCCCUCUGAGGCGUCGUCAUGGUUUGCUCCGUCUGAUAAUAGCUUUCAGUUCGGCUUUGAUCUUCCCGAGGGAGCCCCAGAAGAAAUGGACAGAACCACAGAGGAAGCACAUGGGGUAGUUGAUGCCCGGGAGCAGUCGGCUGGUAACAUUCCCUCUGCGCAGGAGGGCCAACGGGUGAUGUUACACUUUUCCCCUGAAAUGCAAGGGCCUGAAUUUGCGUUCAAUUUUAUCAUCCCAGGUGGUCUGCAUCCUCCUGCUGCUGCUGCAGAUCCAAGUCUGGAGGAUGCAGCAGAAGCAGCUGCAGAAAAAGGCACUCUAUCAAGAAUAGCCGUGGAGACACUGGAGAGUUCAGUCUCCUCCAAGCCCAGUAAAUUGGAUGCAGGAAGUGGUAGAGAUCAAAGAGAUGAUGAAGAUCCUUCACUGGCGGUUGCUCAAGAAGCUGUAAUAGAGAAGAAAGAAACAACCCAUAAAGAAGUGAGUGUCGCAACUGCUUGUGGAUCAUCCAAGAGAAAAAAGAGAAAGAAACAGCCCUCAAGGGUAGAACCCCACAAAAACGUAAAUGAGGACAGCAGACUCCAUGUUAAAGCCGCACCUGACCAAACUGAGCCGUGUCAGCAGCCAGACGAGCAGGUGAAGAGGGAGGUGGAGUGGUGCGUGGAGCAGCUGGAACUGGGGCUGAAGACUCAGAAGUCGACUCCGAAGCAGAGGGACGAGGCGCUCCGAGCCAUCAAGACCUUGCGCAGCGAGAAAGCCGUGCUGGCCAAGAAGCGCCAGAUCAUGCGACUCAUGUUUGGUGAUUACAGGAAGAAAAUGGCAGAGGAAAGGCAGAAGCAGCUGAAGUCCAUGCAAGCAGCUUCAAAGGCAGCUCGUAUCACAGAAGUGCCCGAAGAUGCACGCCGAAAGAGCAGCCAGGUUUUCAGGAAGUCCACGGAAGUGGCUGGGAAAAGUCAAAACUCCGAGGGUCCUCUUCUCCAUUUUACCAGAACAGCCAACGCUUGCUCUUUUAGAUUCAUGCCGUCCCAAGAAGAGUUCCAGUUUAAUUUUUUCUAAGAACACUAUGUGAAUGAUUGUGGGUUGAUUUUCAUCAGGUGCUGAGAAUUCUAGCUUUUCAAAAACUUUAACCAUAGCAGCACAAUAGCUUGCAGGGGAAGGGGGUGGUAUUUUGUAUCCAGCUUGCCACAGUCUCUGCUCUUGACAUCAAGGGCCUCUUUGGCCGAGACGGUGGGUGUCUUUGCCCUCUUGUUUACCCAUAAUAAGAGGCCAAAUCGAUUUACAAACAGGGGGACAAAGGAAAAACGGCAAGUGGUGAAAGAAACCAGCUUCCUGGGAGAGACAGCUUGUAAAGGGAGAAGACUCUUUGCAUUAAAUGUGCUCUUUGAAAGCUCUGCUUGAACUGCAGGGACAGGGAGAAGACAGAGGGGCAUGGAGAUAAUGGAAGCUGUAUCGAGUGAAGCACUACAAGAGUCAAUAAAAAUGUCCGUAUGGAUAUCUCCAACCAGACCUCUUUCUCUCCUUCCUAGAGAUUUGAAGGCCCGGAAAAAACCCGGAAAAAUUCGGAA